AUGGUGGUCGUGAAUAUGCUCUCCAACUAUGUGACGCUAUGCAAGCAGCCCGCUACCGGGUCUGUCAUGGAUGAAUUCAACGAGAAACUGGAGGCGUUUUACACUGCAGGCUUCUUCCAUGGCGAUAUUCAUGAUGUGAAUGUCAUGGUGUCACACAAUGGAAAGACGUUCAAGAUAAUUGAUUUCAACUGGGCAGGGAGAACAGGUGAAGCGCGAUAUCCACUUGACUUAAGCAGGAGAGAGGUAUAUGGAGGCCAGAUGAUGUGGCUGGCAUGGAAUCCAUCUGCAAGGAGCAUGAUCUGGGACAAAUCUGUUCUGAUGGUACUAUGAUAUUGAAAUGCCAGGGGAUGUUGGAGACAUGCCUUAC